UCAAACCCUAUCUCCAUUGUCUGAUCUGCCGUUCCUUCCCUACGAAUUCCUUCACUCUACCUUUUCCCUGUCAAACCCUAACCCUAAACAGCUAAACUCACACGUGUCGCCGCUGUCACCUCUGCCGCCGACGCCUACUUUCUCUCGCGGUCAACACAUUUCCCAGUCUCCCAACACCCGACCCUCAUCCGCCGGGAUCCGCGCCAGUUCUGAUAUUCUCCUGCGUAAUUCCAAGCAAAAUCCUCUCAAUUUCUUCCAUAUUCGCGCUCGGUGGUUUCAGCGACUGCUGGGUGCAGUCCUUAGUUUCGCUCUUGCAUUUCAAAUUCUUUAGGACGCUACCACGAUAUGUUAUCAAGGCUGGUCCAAUCUUGAGUAAUAUGUAUGGUGCAGAUUGGGAGAGCAGAUUUGAGGCAAAGGAGCAGCAAGCCAACUUUGAGCAACUGAGCAUUUUAAGCAGGCAUUACAACCGUGCAUAUUGGGAACUUUUCUUGACAAGUGAUGCAAAUGUUGAUAAGCAGUCAGCAGUUACCAGCAACACAGCACCCAUGUCAGAAUAUCAUCGUUUUGGAUGGUUGCUGUUUUUGGCACUUCGUGUACAUGCGUUCAGCCGAUUUAAAGAUUUGGUGACCUGCACAAAUGGUUUAGUUUCUGUGCUGGCUAUUUUGAUAGUCCAUGUUCCAAUACGCUUCAGAAAUUUCAACUUGAAUGACUCUCAAUGGUUUGUUAAGAAGGAUGACAAAGGGGUUGAUUUACUGGCAUCUCUUUGCAACAAAUAUGAUGCCUCAGAAGAUGAGCUGAGAAAAAUAAUGGAGAAGACUAACAAUUUAAUAGCAGAUAUUCUGAAGAAAACACCCUGUUUGGCAUCUGAGUGUAAAAAUGAAAACCUGGAUAAUAUCAAUACAGAUGGUUUGAUCUUUUAUGAAGAUUUAAUGGAGGAAUCAUCUCUGCAGUCCAGUUUGGCUAUUUUAGAGAAAGAUUAUGAGGAUGCAAUUCGAGCAAAGGGUGAAUUGGAUGAGAGGGUAUUUAUCAAUGAGAAAGAUGGAUCGCUUGGUUCAGGGAGCCCAUCUGUAGGUGCCACAAAUGUAACUGGCGCUAAAAGAAAGUUUGAUUUUUUUUCCUCACCAACAAAGACAAUUACAAGUCCUCUUUCUCCUUUUCGAUCCCCUGCAUCAAAUGGCAUUUUAGGCAGCACAAAUUCUAAGAUGGCUGCUACACCUGUAAGUACUGCAAUGACAACUGCAAAGUGGCUUCGGACUGUUAUUUCUCCACUUCCAUCAAAACCCUCAUUACAGCUGGAACGCUUCCUUGCAUCAUGUGAUAGGGAUGUGACUAAUGAUGUCAUACGUAGAGCACAGAUAAUAUUGGAGGCUAUAUUUCCAAGUAGCUCUUCUGGAGAGCGUUGUGUAACUGGAAGUCUGCAAAGUACAAACCUGAUGGACAACAUAUGGGCAGAACAACGAAGAUUGGAAGCGUUAAAGUUGUAUUAUAGGGUUCUGGAAGCAAUGUGCACAGCAGAGGCCCAAAUAUUGCAUGCAACUAAUUUGACCUCUUUAUUAACUAAUGAGAGGUUCCACAGAUGUAUGCUUGCAUGUUCUGCUGAACUUGUCCUGGCAACGCAUAACACUGUCACAAUGCUCUUUCCUGCAGUUCUGGAGAGAACUGGGAUUACAGCUUUUGAUCUUAGCAAGGUGAUAGAGAGCUUCAUUAGACAUGAGGAAUCUCUUCCGAGGGAGUUGAGGCGGCAUUUGAAUUCAUUGGAAGAAAGACUUCUGGAGAGCAUGGUGUGGGAAAAGGGUUCCUCAAUGUAUAAUUCCUUGACCAUAGCAAGACCCUCUCUUUCUGCAGAGAUAAAUCGACUUGGGCUAUUAGCAGAACCAAUGCCAUCUCUGGAUGCUAUAGCAAUGCAUAUCAACUUUUCUUCUGGAGGUUUGCCACCUGUGCCUUCACAUAAGCCUGAGUUGUCUCCAGGUCAGAAUGGGGAUACCAGGUCUCCAAAGAGACUAUGCACAGAUUUCCGCAGUGCAUUAGUAGAGCGGAACUCUUUUACAUCACCAGUGAAGGAUCGUCUACUUGCCUUUAAUAACCUUAAAUCCAAGCUGCUGCCACCUCCUUUGCAGUCUGCCUUUGCCAGUCCAACACGUCCAAACCCUGUGGGAGGAGGGGAAACAUGUGCAGAAACUGGGAUCAAUAUAUUCUUUAGCAAGAUUAACAAGUUAGCUGCUGUCAGAAUCAAUGGUAUGGUUGAAAGGUUACAACAAUCUCAGCAGCAUGUAAGAGAGAAUGUCUAUCGCCUUUUCCAACAAGUCCUUAGCCAGCAGACCUUUUUGUUCUUUAACCGCCACAUUGACCAGAUUAUUCUUUGUUGUUUCUACGGAAUCGCAAAGAUUUCUAAAGUGAAUCUAACCUUCAGGGAGAUCAUUUACAACUAUAGGAAGCAACCACAAUGUAAACCACAAGUUUUCUGUAGUGUGUUUGUUGAUUGGGCAUCAGCACGGCAUAAUGGGAGGACAGGACAAGAUCAUGUUGACAUUAUCACAUUUUAUAAUGAAAUAUUCAUUCCUGCUGCAAAACCCCUGCUGGUGGAGGUUGGUUCUGCUGGAACAAUUACAAAGGCCAGCCAGGUUCCUGAUGCCAAUAAUAUUCAUAAAGAUGGUCAAUGUCCCACAUCACCUAAAGUAUCUCCUUUUCCAAGUCUGCCUGACAUGUCUCCAAAGAAAGUAUCUGCAACUCAUAAUGUGUAUGUCUCUCCAUUGCGGACAUCCAAGAUGGAUGCCUUAAACUCGCACAGCUCAAAAAGCUAUUAUGCAUGUGUGGGAGAGAGCACUCAUGCAUACCAGAGUCCUUCAAAAGACCUGACUGCUAUCAACAAUCGAUUGAAUAGUAAUAGGAAGAUCAGGGGGACAUUAAAUUUCGAUGAUGUUGAUGUUGGUUUGGUUAGCGAUACGAUGGUGGCCAACAGUCUCCACCUUCAAAAUGGGAGUAGUGCAUCCACAUCUGGUGCGCCUUUGAAAACUGAGCAACCUGACUCUUAAAAUUCAAUAGGUUUGGCUUUGUGUAAAUUAUAGUUAUAUUAUCUAAUUAUUGUUUAUAUUAUUAAUGGUGAGAAAUGUAAGGCGCAGCAGCACAGGGUGUUGUAUGAGCAGUGAAUUUGUAGAAAAGCUGCCACCACCCCCUUGUUUGUCAUGUAAUUUGGAAAUUUACCAUCUCAUCCCUACUUAAAUACUAGUCGAAAUAUCAUGGCUUCA